CGAACAACGCUAUCAUCAGCUGUUAAAAUAAUACUUCAUUUUUCGCGAUAAUCUGAGUUUUUUAGAAAAACUCUUACUACAAAUAAAUAUUAGGAAGAAUGUCGACAAAUUUGGAUAAACCUGAUAACAAUAAUAAUAAAGGACUCAAAGAUUCUUGGGCGAUUCGUCCAUGCCAUAUAUACAAAGAAGAAUAUAGUGAUUGCACAAGUAUCAAAGCAAGAUUCCAUCAAUAUUUCAUCCACGGCGAAUCAGUUGAUUGUAGUCAAUGGUUAACUGAUUAUCAAAAUUGUACGAAGUACGAGGAUUCAAAUGGUAAUAAUAUUGCUGCUGGAGAAGCAAUUGUGCAAAGUGAAGAGGAACGUAGAAAUAUUCGCUUAAAAGCACAUUACGCAAACACAACGUGGAAGAAACGCCAGAGUCCUCCCGAUGAUUGGGCGAAACCGCUGCCGGAAUGGCUGGUAAAAAAGAAUCAGAACACUUAUUUGGAAGUGAAAGCGAAUGAAAUAGCUGGUGCAAUUCCUGAGCAGGUAGACAGUUCUUAUUGUUCUAUUAUGUAGUGAAGGCAGAAUCGGUACAAAUAAAUAUUAGUACAUACAAUUUAAACAAAA